UAAGCCACACCUGUUUGCUGUCGUUCGAAGAGUAGCAGAACGCUGACAAGCUACGCAAGUCCAUCGACACGAUCCCGUUCGUAAAAGACAUCGCCCCACUCUUCCUCAUUCCGGCAUUUGCCUCUUGAUCAGCAAGUCCAAGUCACAAUACUCAACGAUGAAGCUCAUUGUCGCCACCUCCGCCAUCGCUCUUCUGGUUAGCCAGGCCAACGCCCACGGCUACCUCUCGCAGCCUGCUGCCUACUUCCCCAACGGCAUUGACACCUCGUACAAUGGCAUCCUCACCGAGUCAUGCGACGCUGCAUUCGCUGGUCUCAAGUGGAACGACAGCCCCGAGGCUAACACCGCCAUGUUCACGAAGUCCUUCCCCAACUCGAAGUUCAAAACCCUCAAGGCUAUGAUGGACACGGUCGCAUCGGACUGCGGCAAGACUUCGCUUACCGGCUCGCCCGUCGAUGUGAGCUCACUGAGCUCCAUGACAUGGCAGAAUGACCAGGAGCAGAAGGGAUUCAUCGACUCGCACCGCGGACCCUGUGAGGGCUGGAUCGAUGACACACGUGUCUUCCACUCGGAUGACUGCCGAGCAGACUACACCGGGUACCCGGCCGAAAUCCCGGUCGAUUUUUCGUCCUGCAGUGGAGAUUGCACCUUCACCUUCUACUGGCUGGCACUGCACGAACCCAACUGGCAGGUCUACAAGCAAUGCGCGCCGAUCACCAAUGGCAGUGGCGGUGGUGCCCAGACUGAGAAGACGGAUGCUCCGACGACUACCAACGCCCCUACGACUAAUACGGAGGCGCCUGCAUCUACAGAAGCUCCCACGGAUGCAUCGACUUCUACCGACGCCCCGGAGGCAACGGAUGCUCCUGCCAGCGACGGCGAGUACACGUCGUCUCCUACGACUACAGCACCUGCGGCGGGCACGGUUGCUCCUGUGGAUGUCACCGAAGCCCCAAGCACGGAUGCUCCGGCCUCGACAUCCACAUCGAACUGUAAAAUUCGUCGCCGUCGCCGCAUGGCCGCCAACCUUCGCUCCGAGAACUAGAUAAGUCACGCAGUAGUGUCGUUUUAUGUUUCUUCAUAGAGAAAGCGUCAAGUCCGUAACAAUUGUAAUCAAUGUGCUGUUGAAAUCGAGU